GGGUGGUUUGGAGCGGCCGCUCGCGUGUCACUCCAGUCUACUCCGCUUCUGGCACGCGCCCCCGGUGACAUGACGCAGAGCGCACGCAGCAGAAGUGUUUUUAACAGUCUCCCAGUCCUGCAGCGCGCGCACACACACGGCUCCGCUUCCCCGACAUCUCUCGUCAAAAUGUGUUCCUGCCUCGGACGCAUCGUUUGCCUCGGCUGAACCCGCCAUGUAGUCCGCGCGCGCCGAACGGAUCUCUGGGGGAUAUCUCGCGGCUGGAUUUUUUGCGGUUCGGGAGCAGCAGAGCGCGCGGGAUCGCUGGUCUGCCGUGCGGGAUCCGGGGACCGCCGGGGCGGACGGGCCACCAUGCUCCGGCCGUGGGCUGCGCACUGGAUCACCGCUGCGCUCCUGUGCGGGGCGGUGGCGCAGUACUCCAGCGACCAGUGCAGCUGGCGAGGAAGCGGUUUGAGCCACGAGUCUCACCGUCGAGAUGUGGAGCAGAUCUACCUACGCUGCUCUCAGGGGUCCCUGGAGUGGCUCUACCCCACAGGAGCCAUCAUUGUCAACCUGCGGCCGAACACAGAGCCCUCAUCUGGACACAUGGCAGGUCUCCAUGUGUGCAUCAAACCCCACACGCACUCCCAGGGUUCUCAUGUGUAUCUGGAGCGUGCCGGGGAUCUGACGCUGCUGCUGGCAGAGAAGGACCACGCUCUGGACACGGUGCGCUGCUUCAGCCUGGCACAGGGAGCUCUCUUUGUGGAGGCCAUCCCUCAGACAGACAUCAGCCGGAGGAUCACAGCUUUCCAGUACGAGCUGGUGCCCAGUCAGGGCCCCGGGACACACAUGUAUCCAUACCUGCACCCUGGUUUAGUCACCUGCAAACCCUGCUCUGAUGAGGAGGUCCUUAUGGCUGUGUGCACCAGUGACUUUGCCGGCAGUGGCACGUUUCAUCGAGUGGCGCCGGGCACUAACGACCACACUGCUGCCAUGGUGACUCUGAGUCGGCUGUUCCGACAGAAGAGCAGGGUGUUUGCCUGGAGUGGAGCCAGAGGAAGACGCUGGAGUGGACACAUCAGUGUUCCAGCACAGUGUGGUGUGCAUCCUGGACGGGAUGAGUACCUUUUGACUGGCUCUGUUCAUUUUGGCGAAGCCUGGCUUGGCUGCGCGCCUCGCUACAAGGACUUCCUGAAGCUGUAUGUGAGAGCGCAGAAAGCAGGAAAAAACCCAUGUCAGAUAGACACGGACUGAGAGAUCUCUCUUCAUGGCCCUGGGCGACACAAGGUGGAGCGCCUCUUAAAAAAAGUCGGUGAGAAAGACGCAAAGAGGAAUAAACAGAAAAUGGCCCUCUGGCCUUCAUUCUGUGGCGCCAUGCAACUUAUUGUUGCCUUGCAGAAGAAAAGACAGUCUGAACAUUUCAGUAGCCAAUGUGCUGCCUGUGCUUUUUGUGUAAAUGUGGUUGUGCAGGAGUGACACAGUGAUAGAAUGAAUGAAUGAAUGAAUGAAUGAAUGAAUGAAUGAAUGAAUGAAUGAAUGAAUGAAUGAACGAUGAGCUUAAAUUAAUUUUGUGCCUUACCGGUUUCUGUUUUUAUGCUCGUGACGAUACCGCUUGUGUGAUCAUUCUUGAAAUGAAAGUUUGCUUUGUAAAAAGCUUUCUGUAAAGUUUAGGAGUCUUCUGACAGAAGUGAACAGUGUGCAGCUCUGUGAGUCUUCAUGUACUAAGUGUGUGUCUGUGUGUUUUGCUAAUGAGUUCAAAGGGUCUAUAUAUUUCCAGAAAAUAAAACGCCGUCCUUCA